AUGGCUCCGGGCGGCAGGAAACGCGCCAAGCGGCGCCCGGCCGAGCCGGAGGCGCAGGCGGAUCCCCCCGAGAAGCGGCCCCGCGGCAAGGCCGAGAGCAGCCCAGGGGACGCCUGCGGCCCCCGCGUCGUCAUCGAACACUGCCGUAGCUGACGCGUGUACGGACGCAACGCGGCGGCGCUGAGCGAGGCCCUGCGCGGGGCCGUUGCCACCCUGGCCGUAGAGAUCAACCCGCGGCAGCCCCGCAGGAACAGCUUCGAGGUGUCCCUGGUGAAGGAAGACGGCAGCACCGUGCAGCUGUGGAGCGGCAUCGGGAAGGGGCCGCCCCGCAAGCUGAAGUUCCCCGAGCCCGCGGCCGUGGUGGAGGCUCUGCGGAACAGCCUGGCCUAGAGGCGGCAGGCACAGAGCGCGAGCGGCACGGACAACGGCACGCCGGGAGCGGCUUCACGGAGCGAGCGCCUAUGAAGAGGCGGCACCAAGGGGGGGCACCGCCCCCAGUAUCGCCUCCGACCCCGCAGCUCCUCCGCUGAAACGCCGGAGUCCGGCGGCCCGCAGAGGCUAACCAGCGCUAUUUCUCCAAUAAAGCUCUGCGACUCCGUCAUGCAGCUCUAGUGCUUUAUUUCAGCGACAACCGACGCAGGAUGCUGCGAUCUUUUGGUCUGGGGGAGGCAGGCGUUAGCAGCUCCCCUAGCCAAUGACAUCCACCUCCCCAUCUGACUCGGAUGAGGGGCUUGGAUAGACACACGCGGUGCCGGGAGGCAAACACGGCUGCUCUGUCCCCACAUCCACCUCCUCCUCCAGGUUGUCUUCCGGCAGCCGGCCGGCAGCCUGUGGCAGCCACGGCUCUGUUACCGUUCGGGUCUCCACGGUGAGGGGCUCCAGAGAGAACUGCCCGUCCUGCACCACCUCCCAGCCGCGUCGGCCUUCCAUCCUCCUCAGUUUCAGCCGCCCCACGGGGCGGGCCGGACCCACGGUGUCUGGAUGGA